AUGGCGUACGUGGACCAGGCCUUCUCCCUCACCGACGAGGACGACCUGGUCGACGGCGCGAUGUGGGGCCGCCCGCGGGGGCCGCCGGUCAAGGAGAUCGCCUUCGCCGCCGCGCUCCUCGCGUUCGGCGCCCUCGGCGUCGUCGCCGGCCUCGUCAUGGCCGCUCAUCAAGUCGGCGGCGACCGCUCCCACGGCAUUUUCUUCACGGUGCUGGGUGUCGUGAUGUUCAUUCCGGGGUUCUACUACACGAGGAUAGCGUACUACGCUUACAAAGGGUACCAGGGAUUCUCUUUUGCCAACAUCCCUCCUAUCUGAAGGAGCAGCGGCCAGACGUGCGGUUGGACCUUCUCAUCCACUACCCUGCUUAUAAAGCAUAAGCAUACUUGUAAUCUUCUUAUUUCUUUUUCUGUCUGUACACUUAUAGAUUGGACCAGUAGUUGUACAUAGAAAAAUGAAUUACAAUAUCAGGAGCCAUGACAUUAUAGUGAUUUCACCCAAGGAACUUGUUGCUUACUAUGUGAUUGCAUUGAGCUGCCAGACUGUCAAACUUGGUUACUGCA